ACAAGGAGGUUCACAAGCCUGGCUACCUCUCCAAUGACCGGCUGCUACCCCAGAGAGUUCUGGAACAGCAUAAGCUCACCAAGGAACAGUGGGAAGAGAGGAUACAGACAUGGCAUGAGGAGCACAGGGGCAUGCUUAGAGAGGACUCCAUGAUGGAGUACCUGAAGAUAGCGCAGGAUCUGGAGAUGUAUGGCGUGAACUACUUUGAGAUCAAGAACAAAAAAGGGACAGAGCUGUGGUUGGGUGUUGAUGCCCUGGGGCUUAACAUCUACGAGCAUAGCGACAAAUUAACACCAAAAAUAGGCUUUCCCUGGAGUGAGAUUAGAAAUAUUUCUUUCAACGAUAAGAAGUUUGUUAUCAAGCCCAUCGACAAGAAGGCUCCGGAUUUUGUUUUCUAUGCGCCGCGGUUGCGAAUCAAUAAACGCAUCCUGGCACUGUGCAUGGGAAACCAUGAACUCUACAUGCGGAGGAGGAAACCAGACACCAUCGAGGUCCAGCAGAUGAAGGCCCAGGCUCGGGAAGAGAGGCACCAGAAACAGCUGGAGAGAGCACAGCUAGAGAAUGAGAAGAAGAAACGGGAGCAUGCAGAGAAAGAAAAGGAGAGAAUAGAGCGAGAGAAAGAGGAGCUGAUGGAGCGGCUGAGGCAGAUAGAGGAGCAGACGAUGAAGGCACAGAAAGAUUUGGAGGAGCAGACGCGCAGGGCCCUGGAGCUGGACCAGGAGAGGAAGAGAGCCCAUGAGGAAGCGGAGAGGCUAGAGCGGGAGCGCCAGGCUGCUGAGGAGGCCAAGGCGGCCCUGGCCAAACAAGCGGCAGACCAGCUGAAGAACCAGGAGCAGCUGGCAGCUGAGUUGGGAGAGUUCACUGCCAAGAUUGCUCUGCUGGAGGACUCAAAGAAGAAGAAGGAGGAUGAAGCAAACGAGUGGCAGCACAAAGCCCUGUCAGCCCAGGAGGACCUGGAGAAGAUCAAGGGUGAGCUGAAGAAUGUGAUGACCGCACGGCCAGCCCCACCCGCCCCUGCUGAGAAUGAGCACGACGAGCAGGAUGAGAACAGCGCGGAGGCCAGUGCCGAGCUGUCCAGUGACGGGGUCACCGACCACCGAAGCGAGGAGGAGCGCCUCACCGAGGCACAGAAGAAUGAGCGCGUCAAGAAGCAGCUGCAGGCUCUGAGCUCCGAGCUGGCCCAGGCUCGCGACGACACCAAGAAGACGCAGAAUGACAUGCUGCAUGCGGAGAAUGUUCGUGCUGGCCGGGACAAGUACAAAACCCUCCGACAGAUCCGGCAGGGCAACACCAAGCAGCGCAUCGAUGAGUUUGAGUCUAUGUGAGGAUCGGUCUGUUCUGCUCACCCAACUUGUCCCCCCCCACCCGCCCCCCCCCCCCAUGCACCCACCCAACUUGUCUGCUGAGAGGCUUGAGGUAUGCGGCCAACAGCCUGCCCCCUCAGGCCUUGCCAAAGCUCUGACCAGCUCCGGUCAGCCAAUCACGCCACUCUCUGCAUAGAGCUCUGCCCAUCUAUAUAAGGAUUUGCCCUGUUCUAGAGAAAGCAGCAUGUCCGAAGGGGGGGGUGAUGAUAAAGAAAUAUAAUAUUUUUGCUUUUAUUGAAAAUGGCCAUUUAUAGCUUUUUGAUGUUACUAGCAGCCUUGUAUGUAAAGCUUUAAUAUCUUACAUCUUGUCUUCAGUUGGAAAAAAAUUUAAAUCUUUUCUUUUUAAAAGAUCUUAUUUUCGACUCUUAUUUUAAUGCUAGUUUCCAUCUUGACUGUUCAGUAAGUUUGAGUGGCUGAGUCCUCCAGUGAAUGUGAGAUGGUAUGACCACCAGUGCCAGUGGUAGUGUGUCCCCCCAACCCUCCUCCUCUUUUUCUCACCUGAGAGAUUGCAUAAGCUUUAUCCCAACCAGUUUUGUCUCUUUUGUGAUUUGAAGCAGUAAUUUUGUCUAUGUGUGACUGGGUAAAUGAGGUUGCCUGAAGGCUUCUGUUAGCCUGUGUGUGUGUGUGUGUGUGUGUCUCACAGAGGAUGCCUGUGUGUGGGUAGGUUAGCUUGACUCAACCUCAGUAAUUUCUCAGUGAUGCAGCAGCCCUGGGACCAGAAUCCCCCCCCUCCCCACAUGGACAGUGAUGAACCAGGCAGUCAUGUAGAGUACAGUCUGUGCACUCUGUGGGCACAGUACUAAACCAAACAGCAGAGAGGUAUUUGCCUACUUUAUAAGUUAGGCAAAGAGUGCAGAAAGGACUGGUUAGACCCCAAGUACUUGGUCCCACACACAUGGGUUUGCUGCCCUGACCUAGUGUUUAUGCCCAGUCAUCAUAGAUGGUUUUCUUUGCCUGCCUGCUCACAAUGGCCUAGGGGUGGGUGUGUCUGUCUGUCUUUAUGCCUCCCUGUUUGUCCAUAGGAGGAGAAGCCAGUGUAGUGCACAUAACGUGGGUGUAAUGACUGUCUCCCUAGUAGCGGCACGCGGGCUCCUCCCCCCGCAUAGCCUGUCCACCCUGUGGGGCCCUUCUGCCUGGAGAGCAUAUGAAAACAUCGGUCCUGAGACAAGGACACUUCUCUACCUCAUUACAGUUGACUGGGCAGCCAAACGCGUGGUCUGAGCUGCCCCCCACCAUCCCACCUUCUGUUUGGAGCAGCUCCUUCUGGUUUCGCCUGCAUGGCUCUGCUCCUGGGUCCUGCUUUCUGGCUCUGCUGGGCAUAGCUGUCUUUGGGUUGGUUAAAAAUAACAAAAGAUGAUCUUUCAGGCAGUAACUUGAGUUUUAGACAUUUUCAUUUUUGAAAGCUGAAUGAGUUAAAGGAGCAGUUUUACAACUGACAUAACAGACCCAUUUAGCCUAACAGACAAGCCCAAGUGGGCGACAAACUUUGUAUUUUCCUGGAAAAUAAAUAGUGUUGCAGCCUCUUAUUUGCUUUCCUUGAAUUAUUUACACCACAUUCUGUAGACCCUCCCCCCCUGUUAGUGUAAAACAGACCCCAGCUGUGGUUUGCAGCUCCACUUAAGCAUAGUAAAUUUGAACAGAAUCCAGUUAUAUCACAGACAGCCACUAAUUUGGCUCUAGUUUACCUCAAGAAAAAAAAAUGUCGGAGUGAGAAAUUCUCACCUUGCCCACCUGUUUGGGGACUGUCCAUCCCCCAGUUGAAACAAUGGAAUUUUGAUGAAUUCACAGAUGUCUGCUUGCUCUGGGGACAAAAAAUACCCUAAAAUAUCAUUCUAGGAAGAAAAACCUGAACACCUCUUCUAAAAAGACCAAAAUCUAUAAAAAUGGUGGUAAUUCAAUGAAAUUACAUUUUUUGGUAUAAAUGUAAAUGUACCUUUGCUACAUGUUUAGGGGCCUUGUGGAGCCUUAGAUGUCUUUUUGCUCUGGGGUAGAAAAGUACCUAAAAUGUCAUCUUUUCAAUUCUUUUCAAUUUAAACUGUAAAUGGCUCUCCUAACAUGACAUAACUGCAUAAAUGGUUCAAGAAAUCCAAAUAAAGAGAGAAGCAAUUCUUUGAACUGC